AUGGAAACCGUGCUUGAGGUUGGAGAUCUUUUAAAGUCCUGGGGAACCCCAAUCACCCGACCUGUUCUACUGAGUUUCUCUGCUAAUUUUGCCUAAUAGGUAAUUCUUAUAAUGAUCUUUUCCGGCCAUUAGAAGUUUUUCAUGGUUUGGUGUUACUGAAGUACCGAACUUCAAUGAGCCUGUGGGAAAUAUGCUCGCGCAAUUUUGAAUCGACCUAUGCACAGUUGUGCAAUUUUUCAUCCUUCAUCCGUGAAGAGCCGUGUAGAUAGUUUACGGUAAACAUUUUGUGCGGAUUACUUGAUUAAGGACCUUUCUUACUCGGUCACAAAUCUUCCAUUAGGUAUUGUGUCCAUCGUGGCCACCAUCGUACCUUAGGCCUUACUUUUCUAAUUAGGCAUUUGGUAGCCGUACAGCCUUGGGAAAAUUCAAAUCGUGAAUUACGGGAAGAUAAAAAACCGAAGUGUACUUCCUUCGUUUUUAUAAGGCUCCGCUUGGCUUGUUUUGGAUAAUAAGCGGAAUGCUAGAUGGUUUUCUAUUAAUUCUCUACACCACAUUAGUGUGAAACUUACCACACAGAGAAUGAACAAAAGCCCGCCGUCUGACAGUCUCACUUGUUCGAUGCCCUUCUUUAGUUCAAUGAUGAUUGUAGACGGCAGUGCCUCGAAUUGCGUUUUCUCGAACUGUCUGAAAAUGGAGCUCUUUCGCCUGCGCCUCCCCUUCUCAUUCUGCCGGCUCCCACAUUCGCAGUUGGGGAGAACGGCGACCAAAGCUGCCUUUCCGAACGCCUGCGCCGUUUGGUUGGCUUCGACAGCACUGGUCUUGUCUGCCUCUGGCCCUCCGAACUGCUCAUGGCGCACAUAUUUCUCAGUCCGGUAGCUGUGUAUGCUCGUCUAUGGGAUGCCAUUGCUACCGCCACUAGCCGACGUACUUGGCAACGCGUUUGCGAACUUGGAGCCGGCAUGACAGCUGCGGCUGGUCUUGCUAUUGCCAGACGCAGAAGUACUUUCCCCCGAUCAGACGACCCCUUCUCUGGCCUCGAACUUCUUGUCCUCACUGACGGUAAUGAGGACUGUGUUGCAACAAUUCAGCAAUCGGUUCAACUUCAAGGGUUUUCUAAAGGCCAGACAGAGUCGCCGACGCUGGAAGUCGAGAAACUUCGGUGGCCGUCCUCUGAGGCGAGGUAAUUCAAGUAAUUCUUUGCUGGUUAUUGUUCUGUGCUGGACGCGGCAUCGAAGAUUUUCUUAGCAUGCGCACGCAUUCCGCCGUCCAGAUCGUGAAAGUUAUGACCUCGACCUUACCCGAUUGAGUUCCAUCCUUUGAAUGUCUGGAAAUAUCCAUAAUACUGAAAGCGUGACGGCUUGAACCACAGUCUGAACACUACUAGACAUUGCCAGACCUCGGUCUGGAGAUAUAGGACGGGUCUUUGUAGGCGUAUUAGCUUGAGAAACAAUACCCCUCGACCUAAUUUACUGCUUAGCUUACAUAGUUCUUACUGUGGAAUACUGAAGAACAGUGCCCAGUCAUGCUGAAACCCCAAAUGCCAUCAUCCCCAACGUUCGCUUUCACCAGAGCACCAUCUUGUGCUAGUUUGACUGCAUGACUGGGGCUGUCCUUCCGUGGUGUAUUUUUUUAGGGUCUGAAACCUCCCGUUGACUGAGUAAACAUUUUAUUUUGACAGUGCAAUCUACACCCUCACUUUUCACCCCCUCCCCUUCCCCUACAACCGUAGCAGACAGACUCAUAUGUGUAGGUUGCUUUAUAUGCCUGACAGCCUUGUCUUCUGUGUCUGAUGCUAAAUCAAAAACACGCCCGGGGUCGGUCGCCGAUGGGUUAGAAUUACAAGGCAGGAGAGGACGAUUGCCAACGGUUCAGCUGAUGAGGCACUGAUAAACUUCGAUCGAAAGAACUCUUUAGGAACACUCGGAUAGACCCGUCCGUGGACUAUCUGCGCUGCCUUUCUGCUUCCGGUCUCAGGUGGUAUGUAGGGCUAUGAUUGUCUGAAUGAAAGGAGAGAAGGCCCGAAAAAGUCCUAUAUCAAACUACACAUAUCUCUGACGUCAUCCCACCCCCUGAUAUACAUGUACACAUAUAUGGUGGAGGGGCGCGCACCGAUCACGUUACGGAGCUCACUCGUGCCGUUGUGCCUUAGGGCUCAUUCUCGAGCCUGUCAUGUAUAUCCAACCAGCAGCCGCACAGCGGCGCGAAGUAUGGGCAGAAUAACAUUACCGACAAAGACAAGGGAUGACCCAGAAAUGCUUUACAGUUUUACUAACCCAACCCUACCACGGAACUAGUUUACGAUCGAAAAAGAGCUUGACGACAAACCUUGCAUUGACAUCCUCGUACAGCGAAAGACUGACACGACACUUCACACAUCAGUUUACUGCAAAGAAACGUAUGUAAAAGUUGUUCUUUAUAAGAAGAGCAAUGACCCUAUUGCUCUCAAACGGAGUGCUGUUACCAGCCUACUUAAUCGAGCAAAAACACCCUGCCCAGACAGCAAUAGUUGCCAGAUAGAACCUAAUUAUUUGUUCAAACUCCUUUCCCAAGAUGCGUAUCUUAGAGAUUUUGCAUGCCAGUGCAUGAGACAAGAGGAAUCAAAAAAGCAAAGACAAAGAACUAAAUUGUUUCGAUCAAGGUGAACUUUUCUGUACAUUAAACAUGUGUCCGAGCUCGUUGAAAGACACCUGAGGAAACAUCAAUUACAAGUGACGCACCAACUGAUUAUCACAUAACGAAACCAAUUGGUGCACCCUAAGGAUAGAGUUCGCUUUUUAGAUGAGAAAGAGGUCGUCUGCAAGAUUUCUUGUGACACCUGGAAUGCAAUGCACCGUGGUUAAACUGGAAAGUCAGCCUCCGCACGCAUACACGAACACCAGCUUACCGUGAAGAGAUGGAACCACUUGUUCCAAGUUGCCACGCAUACCCCGGAGACUGGCUAUAAAUUCGCUUGGGGCACAACACGUAUUUUGUUGUCUGUCCAUCUGUCGUUGUUGCCUCCAAGCAACCGUGCUCUUCGACCUCCCUUUCGUCAGACUGGUCAACCGUUGCUACUCAGGCAUGGUGUUUUCGGUCUCGCUGGCACGUCCGUGAGAUAGUGUGCCACGUCGGCCACGUGACUCUCGCCCGGCGCCUUCCUUUUUCUCCGCGAGCGUUGGCAGUCGGCUCCGUGUGAUUUCUUUCACCCGUCUUUUUGCUCCUGUCUGGGCUGACUACAUACCAUGCCAAAUUGUGAUGCGAGAUAUGUUGGUGAAACGGGCAAACGCCUCGACACGAGAUUGCACGAGAACCAGCUCGCAAUCAACCGCAAGGAUAAGCUGUCGCUGGUCUAUGGCCACACAACAGCAGAAUCACAGUUUCGCCUUUGAGAAAGCGAGGGUUAUCGGCGGAGUCAAUGAUAAGGCGGCCAGACUGAUGCUGGAAAGUUUUUCCUCGACUGGCUCACUUAAUCCAGCUAUAGACUCACAUUCUGCCUACCAGAUGCUCUGCACAAGGGUCGAGUCAGUACAGGCAGAGCUAAUAGGGCGGAUGAAGAAAGUCACUCGGGGCCGACAUCCGGCGCUCGCGGAGAAGCGCCGACCGGAGGUCACGUGACCGGCGUGGCACAAUGUCUCACCAGCGUACCCGCGAGGCCGAAAACACCACACCUGAGCAACAAUGGUUGACUAUUCUGCUGUCUGACGAGAGGGAGGCCAACAGGCACGCUGACUUAGCAGCAACCACGGCAGCCUCGAAAGGGACGCUAGUCCGCCAUUGGUCGAAAUCCGACAGGCUAGAACCAGCCAACAGGCCGGCCAACGUACGUGCGCGAGCGCGGUUAUAAUACGAAGCUGAGCACAUCAAGGCCAGCAGAGGAAGCCAGCGAAUGACUCCGAUGAUAGAAACGAGGGAGUUUUAAAAACGCCAGUGCGAGUAAAACCAAGUCCAUGAAAUCGCCUUUUCUUCUUCGGCCACCAGGCCAGGAAUGGCCAUUUCAGUUGCCGUAGUCUUGGUUGGUAAUGCCAUUUUGCCAAAAUAUUAGCGGACGAGUCGCUGCUGGCUGGACUUGAGAUUGAGUCCCAAGGGAUAAUGAAACGAGUGGGUCCCGUUACGCGACCGGUGAGCACUCCCUCUGUCAUUGUUUAUGUAUUUGAACGCAACCGACAGGACCGUAAGCCAAUGAUUAGGGCGUUGGACUUCUAACCAGCAGGCCACGGGUUCGGGUCUUGGGAAUUGCAGACCUCGGGGUUGGGUACGACUGGCUGAUGACGACCGUCAGGCCAGGAUCGGCCGUUUCGGUCUCCCUAGUGGUUUUCGGUAAUGUCAUUCUGCCUGCGAUGCAGUGUAUUGUAUUGUGCCUCUACACACAUCCAUAAACAUCAGACGGUAAUUAUGAGGCGAUAUCGUCUGUCUCAAAUGGUCAUGCACACCCUUGAUACCGGCCACACCUUCGCAUGGGAUAAAACUCGCAUUGUCGGAGUUUGCUCCUCAAGAGUUGUAGCCACGCACUCCGACAAGUCAUGCAUUAAUCGGCACAUUGAAUUGGAUGCCGUGUGCAAAAAUGUCAUAAAAAUGGGAGAGACGAGGAUCAAUCAGUACAGAAUAACGCACUCGGCGGCCGCUCACUGGCGCAAACACCGAAUAUUUGUCAAUUUUUAAGCACGUUUGAAACGUUAGUUGUUUUUGCUCAUUUUCUCAAGUCUGACGACGGCCUAGGGGACAAGCAUGGAAAGUUAACUUAAUAAAGUUUUGUACUUUUUCGAAGGGACGUAUCUACCUUCAAUGUUUACAUAUAUAUGUGAGAAGAUAAGGCGAUCUUAGGAACCAUGGAUUUAUUUGCCUGACGUUUCGAAAGCAGACAAGCUUCCAUCAUCGGAGGUGUCUGCUUUCGAAACGUCAGGCAAAUAAAUCGCCUUCUCAGUUAUAUCCGGGAACGGGCAUUUUCGCUUCAAUCAACAUAUGUAUGUAGAUCAGAAGUGGUGUGCAUAUAUAUGUAUAUAUGGUAGAGUGGUGCUGACAGAUCGUUUUUUACGGAACUCACACGUCCCGUUGUGCCUUACGGGCUUUCUCUCGAGCCAAACCAACAACCGCACAGCGGCGCAUGGUAUAGGCAGAAUGUUAUUAUCGACAAAGACAAGGGAGACUGGAAUGGACAUUUCUGGUUUAUUAGCCGUCGUCAGCCAGUCGUACCCAACUCCGAAAUGUGGAACACCUGGGACUGUAUCCCGCGACCUGUCAGUUAGAAGUCCGACGCCUCUAACUACUGAGCCACGGGUUCGAUGUCCUGUCGGUUGUGAUCGGGAAUGUACAUUCUGCCUAUAUCAUGCGCUGCUGUGUGGCUGCUGGUUGGGCUCGAGAAAGAGCCCGUAAGGCACAACGGGACGAGUGAGUUCCGUAAAAACAAUCGGUGAGCACUCUUCUACCAUUGCACAUUCCCGAUCACGACUGGCAGGGCAUCGAGCCCGUGGCUCAGUGGUUAGAGGCGUUGGCUUUCUAACUAACAAGUCACGGGUUCGAGCCACAGGUGUUCUACACUUCGGGGCUGGGUAUGACUGGCUGACGACGGUUAAUAAGCCAGAAAUAGCCAUUCCAGUCUCCCUUGUCUUUGUCGAUAAUAACAUUCUGCCUAUAUGUAUAUAUAAAGAGUGAGAGAGGGGAAGCGAUUCCUGGAUACAACAUUACAUUUUUCUGAAGUUUCAAAUCCACUUUACCCCUUGGCAUGAAUAAAUGGAAACAUUUCGCCUGAAAUAUCCUCAGCCGCACCCCCGAUUUGUCAUCGCAGCGGUCUUUAGGUCGGUUGUUGACCGGUAUGCCUGUUGACUGCUUUAUUGUUUGAAUACUAUUCUUCCUAUAGUUGUUGUAAACUGCAGUCUCCCGAUCGAUCCUAGAUCGUUACACAGUCGAAGUCGAAGUUGUGGGAAACGACAGCCACACUAAACGGCUUCAUACAUCACAAGAGGAUUUGUCUUAAGGGGCCAUUCUCAGAAAUUCAUCGGAAUUGAAAAACUGACAGCAAAUCACGACUAACUUAACAGUCUUGUUUGAAAACACGCAUUCCUGGUGGAUCUGAGAUAGGAGUGGACAGUUUCUCCGACAGAACAGCAACAAAAAAAUGUACAUUGCAAACGGUUGUGCCUCCACCACCAACUUUAUCUAGGAAUCCACGGAGCUGUAGCGCCAGCAGUAGCCCCAACUCGAUAACCACUCCUCUUGCUGGGUUAUAGCAGAUGAGGACAAUUAGUGGCUUCAACCUCUUGAUCCUGUUUAAUCUAUUUGGAAAAAUCCGUCACUACGCUCAGCAACAAUCUAACGCUCUUGAGGUUGAACCAGCAGGGUGUAGCCUGGGCAAGGUACAGAAUAUCCCCCAUCGACGGCCUCUUUCAAGCCCCAUGUCAUUCGUCUGGUCUCCGCCCUCGUACUGGAGCCCAUCAGAAACCGGGUGGAGAGAGGCCACGCAAUCCUUUCUCACAACGAUCAGCCUCACCGGUAACUGCUUUUCACUGCCGGGGCAAACAAUUAACAAAUCACCGGGUGUGUCCGGAUGCUCGUUUUCGCCGACUUCUCGGGGAAUUAGGACUGUUUACGAGGAGUCUUUACACCAGUGGUCUGUUAUCUCCACCCUGCAAGGAUGCUUAACCCACGCACACGCUAGCCAACACCCCUACCCAGCUGGGGGCGCCUGUGGUUUGUGUACGUGUGCUGACUGUGCGUCUUGGCACACCCGUUAAUUUCUCACUGUUUCACAGUGCUUAAACAGUUGUACGCGGGGACGGCCUUUAUUGCGGGUGAGGCGCCGGAAGUUCCGCGCGUAGUAAUUUCAAAGUGCUAGAUACCGCCCCCCCCCCCGCCCGGGGGUGAACAAAUAUCCUUUCAAUCACAGACUAACUAAGUGUAGACAAGUCGUGACCCUUGUGGAGAGGGGGGGUGGGGGUGAAAGGUGUGAGUUUACGCCAUCCGCGUCCUACCGUCGGCCUGCUUUGGAGCACACAGUGGACGUCGUCGGCAACGACGGUCGAACUCUCAUGAAGCACGCGCCCUAGAGAUCCAUUUCCGAUGUGCAGCAGCGGCGGUCAGAUAAACCCCAGUGGCAGUAGUGGCAGUUCUGUUCCGCAUGGAUUAGGUGCAUUCGGUCAGAGUUAAUCGCCAGAAGCCCGUGGUUGAGUGCGUCGUAGAAAAUUAGUUGCAGUUUUGGAGGGUUUUUAACGAAGUUUUCAGGGUUGGGUUGUGGAUGCCUACCAACCCUGAUAGUCGCCCAGGCCUAGACAUUUGCUAGCGCGUUUGACUUGUGGGCUAGUGCAGAGCUAGUAACCUGACUGGCUGAGAGUGCUCGAUCUGUGCGAGGAGAGUAGCUUUUCUGCUACACCCCCGCCUUGAUGCUCACCCGAGUGCAUUUUCCACGUCACGCCUGGGGGGUCCCUCUGCGCGUACGCACGCACUUUGUCCGGAAUUUAGGCCCGUCUGGCGAAUUGAAUCACCUCGGGCUGCAACGCCCUCAGCUCGCCCGACAAGGCGCGUCAACCUACUGUCCCCGUGUGGACAGUGUCCGCUAGGAUUGCUGAAAAAAAUCCAGUCAAUCGCAACACUAGCCCGCGACCGGGCUAGCCCUGGGCGAAUAUAUUGCUGCUUAAGUAGCAUACAGUAAGUGAUCUAUCUCAUGAAUGCUAACCGAACUUCUGAAAUAUAUUUUACAGUAGGGAGGGUUACUUCAGUGGGAUGGUAAUACUACUUAUCGUGCAGCAUAAUCCAGGAUGCCAGCCAUAGAAUACGCUUCUUUCUGGUCGCCUGUAAGGCUCGCACUGUAAAAAAUGAUAGCUUCUGUAUUGGGAUUUUUGUUCAGUUAUUUUCGAUACCCUUAUAACUUCAGACAUAUUUAGUGGAAAACUCGCACAAGAAUAUCCUUUACUGUGUUCAUUUGGCAGAAAAUCACGCCUUCAGAUUUUGAACUUAACGAAGACUUGCCUAUUAGUCUCAAAAAGGUUUGUACUUAAAAGAUUUUCGAAGGCCGUGGAAUAUGCCCCCUAACAUAAUUAUCUAUGUCCGUUUAUUGAUGCCCCUUAUGAAGUAUGACGAUUCGACCGUGCGCUUUGACGAUGUCCACCGUGUGCUUCGCAGUAGCGUGAUAGCAGCGACGGUGACUUGUGCGUGAAUUAUUUUAUAGUAAUAGUAGGCUUGCGCAGCAUCUGCCGCACUCUCUCCUUCCCCCCCCACCUGGACUCGAUGUCAUGACCAAGUCAAGCGGAGCAGGGAUGGGAGAGGCCGCAUGUAACAAGCACUACGUACAGUGCGUCGUGACCGAUUUCGUGGAAUGUUGGGCGAAAUUCUGAAAUGCGUUUUCAAUUAGGAAGGAUUGCUUAGGUAAGGCUUGUAAUAUUGCUCAUAAUGAGACAUAAUCUUAUACUAUUUCGGACUCGCCAUGAUGUCGGCUUCUAAAUGCACUUCUUUUUGGCCUUCUGCAGAAACCACACCCGGUAAAAAUGACUACUUAAGUAGCAUGCAUUUUGCACAUUGAUUUUCGAUGGUCCUAUAAAUUCCAAUAUAUUUUUUUAGAAAACAUGCGCAAAAUAUGCUUUCUUUUAUUCUUUUGGUAGAAAAUCACCUUAUCUUUACGUUUUAUACUCGAAGAAAUGGUAUCUUUGGUUUUAAAAAAGUUUCUAGUUAUAAAACGUUUAAGACCUUGCGAUGUCCAUGCAUACAGCUUCGCACAUGCCUAUUUACCGGUGUUCCUCAUGAAACGUACAACAUAGUCAGCAUCCAUUACAAAAUUUAAGUGAACUACACAUGGUAUCUUCUUAGAGACAGAUAGGAAUACAUGAUUUUCCUUACGCGGAUAACAUGUACCUUGCAGACUGGAAUUGCCAAAUGCUAAUGCAACGGUUGAUCUGGCUAAAAAUUAUUCGCGAAUUGGGAGACUUUUUCAAAACCUAAGUAAUCCUUCCUAAUCGGAAACUCAUUUCAGAAUUUUAGUCAACAUUUCAUGAGAUCGGUCACGCACUACGUAAACCCGCAUCUAGGCGUACCACCACAUCCUCCGGUCCACAGUAAACAUUCGACCAGGAUUUUCAACAACAACAACAACAAAAGUGAAUAGCGGCAGGGAUCCCAAUUGGCGCUGCAUGCGCAUGCAACCGAGCCUACCACCGUACCCGGAAUGCUAGCAUUUGUGCAUUCUCGAUAACGACUGCCAGAAACCGACCUAACCCCCGUGCUGGUCCAGUACACCUACCGCGUGGUCCGUUUUAGGGACGCUUAGGAAGUAUACAAGCACAGUCCACGCGCAUCGCAAAAUCUCAGGAGCCGUAUAUAUGAUUUUCCCUGCACGAAAUUUAUGUAUCAUUGAGUUUGUAAACACUAAAUGCAAAUACAACGGCAGAUCGAGUCCGGAAAAACUUCCUCGAAACCGAAGUUCACUAUUUUCUUGAAUACACAGUUUGUUUAAAAUGUGAUUUUCUACCGAAUGAGUUCAGGAAAGGACAUUUUUGCAUGUUUUUUUUAAUAAAGUGUGGUUGAGUUUACAAGGACAUCGAAAAUCAAUGGAAAAUCACGCUACUUGAUUAGUCGUCCCUGUCGAGCUGCGGGAAAGAAGCUCAUUUUAUAGCCGGCAUCUUGGCGUGACUGAAAUAGCCUGGGACUACGCUACACGAUAAUCGGCACUACACCCUCCCCCCUUCAAGUAGCCCUUUUCAAUCGAAAAUGCAUUUCAGAAUUUCAGCUAACACUUCAUGAGAUAGGUCACUCACCGUACUUGACUUGUUUCUGUGCUCCCCGGAGGAGCAUGCCCAUGCAGCUCAAUCGGUCGAUAAAAUUGAGGCUUUUCGUUUCACAAGAAAUCGAUGCACGAACUUGGGGGGAAAAUUCUCCAAACACAAGCUCUUCCAGCCUCAGCUGAAAACCGCGCGGGUUAAGUCUCUCGCAACUGCAGCACUGAAUCGCGAAAUAUGCGUCUGGACGUUUGAUUUGUACGUAUGCUGGAGGUAUGACAAAUCGGCCUCAGUGUCCAUACGUUGACUUUCACACUGCCCAGGUCGUCGCCUACCCUUAUUGCCUUGAACACUUACGCUGUGAGAAGGCGCCCCUGCGGUAGACCUAGGAAUUCCGACAGACUUUGUGUCGCGUGUUCAAUGUUAGAGCCGCCGCAACGCCUCUCAGCUUUGAAAGGUGCGAAGGUGUUGUUAAAUGCUUGGAAAUCAAACUUUACCUUCCGGUCAACUUUUAUGUACCCCUGAAAGCACUGGUAGGACCUGGGAAUAAGUGCCCCCCUAGAUAGUAUUACUGUGGAAUGUGUGCUUAUUUGAUCUAGGUAGCUUGAUACACAUUAGCGCUAAUCUUUGAGGCCCAUUGCUGUUAAUAGCGCCUUCUUCCUUUCCCACCCUAUUGGCUUCUAGUCGGCCGAAUUGAUUCCCGCUACUUUUGCCGACGUCUUAUGUUGAGUUUCCGAAGGGUUUCAUAGUCUCCAGUUGGAUUUGUACGAGUCACCGACGUGGCCGCUGGAAGACGUCCAUUGUUCCCAAUCCAGUGAAUGACGCCUAGGCCACCGUUGUGAAUUCAUGCAUUUCCAGCUUCGUCCUGCGCACCCGUCAAGUCGGACGUCGCAGUAAUCAUCUAUAGUAAUUUAGUUCCGGGGAGUAACUUGUUUCCGCAUCCAGCCAACACUCUUUUUGACUCGAAUAAAACGAGCCGAUUUCUGUACAAUAUUGCUGUUUCAAUGAAGGCCUUGUAAAUCCUCUUUCUCCAUAGGUUGAGGGGGCUUCCCGCAAGUAAGGUUUGACAAAAUUUGGCUGCACGGUCAAGUCGUCCUAUUGCUCACAAUUGACACCAUCCGGAAACAUACGAAAUUGUGGCGUCCAUAAAGGACCCAGCCAAGUAACGGCUCCAUUUGUUGAGUUAUUGCAGAUGACAUCUAGUGAGUCCGACCUCUCAUGGGAGCUCAAGAAUAUUGGCAACGGAAAUCCGGAAUCAUAGAUUAAGUUUAGUAAAAUUCGUGGACGACUCAAAUUCUCACAAAAGGGCGUAGGUAACGCUCCAAAUAUCUCAACGGUGCAACGCAUUAUAUCUACACAUAUCUUUCUUUAACGAGGGGAAUACAUUGUUUGAACCAAAAAUCCUAUCAGCUACCAAGUUUGACUGACUGUCCUUACAUCCUUGUUCGAUCAUUUGUCGUCCGAUAUUAUCCUAUUGGCAUGGUGGUAACCUAUAUUGAACGGGAGUUUUCAGAGAGAACACAUUCCCUGGAGGGCUUUCCAUCAGUCAGCGGUCUUUAAGUUGUAGUCGAGUCCUAUAUGGGCCAUGUAAUUAUUUUUAUUUAUUCCUCCUUCAGCCUGGUGACGGAUGACUUCAUACCCGCGGGCUGGCAGCACUCCUUUGAUCUUCUCUUCGGUGCUGAUUGCCUCUUUCAUCGGGAGACGCACUGCGGUCUCCUGCGGACGGUGGACCAUCUCCUCUCUCUCACUCCCGGAUCCCUAUGUCUAUUCGUCGCACCGCAGCGCAACGGAAGCCUUUUCGCUUUCCGCGACCUUGUAGCUCAGAACUCAACGGCUUUGCGCCUCCAGUGCACCCGUCUCGAACCCCUAGAGGCCUUUCCCACCCUCGGUCCCGUAAUGCAGCAUCUCAACACGGACAGCGACCGCCUGGUCCCCCAUCUCCUCCUUAUAUGCCGUACUUGACUAUAUGUGACCACUUUUCUUUUCACUCUGCCUCACAUUCCGGCUGCUGCAGGACCAAUAUGCAUUUACGUCCCCCCCCCCUUGCACCUUGUCUUUCGCGUCUGUGCAUAAUGAUUUCUUUGCAAAUACAUCACUUUUACUGCGCAAAACUGGACAGUGUUUUGUAUUUCGCAUGCUUGGAAGUAACACAGGCCCAAACCGUUUUAUUCUGCAACAGUUCUUACUGACUGGCUGACGACGGCUAAUAAGCCAGAAAUGGCCAUUCCAGUCUCCCUUGUCUUUGUCGGCAAUACCAUUCUGCCUAUAUAUCAUGCGCCGCCGUGCGGCUGCUGUUUGGGCUUGAGAGGGAGAGCCCGUAAGGCUCAACGGAACGGGUGAGUUCCGUAAGAACGAUCAGUGAGCGUCCCCUACCACAAUUCUUAUCAGUUUGCAAUUCACGACUGCCGCGAAUGACGCUGUCCAUCGUGUGUCCCGCAGAAUGUCGACGUAGGAACGGUGGCAUACGUGAAUUAGUUAGACUUACGCGGUAUCUGCCGCACCUUCCUCCCUCACCCGCCUGCGCCCGGUGUUAUGAAAGAGUCAAGAAGGUCAGAGGCGCGAUCGAGCGCAGUGACUGACAGGGUGGACAAGCCCGUCCACGCGUGCACACAAACCUGGGCCGCGCACGGUAAGUCAGAAUUUCACUUGAACAGGAUGGCGAGGUCCACUCAGGUCCCAACUGAGUGGGACUGGCAUAAAGUCAGUUGUUACGACCUGACUCUCUGUCUUGCGAGAAACAACUUACCCUGUCAGUUGACAGCCCUUCAAGUCGCGACUUUUAACGCAUCGUGAUAGUUUGAAGGCGCGUUAGUUGGCUUGCAGUGAGGAAGAUGGUCUGAGUAUUGUGUGUACGGAGAUCCCAGAGUCGACCUCAAUCUGUCUCUUCCCUCUCCCAAGCACCAGUCCACUGUCCGUACUGGUCAGCCGCCUGAUGCGUGGGUUAGGGGCAGGUGGCCGGCGCGACGUGGGUCCGCGCCUAGGCAUGCCAUUUGUUGGUAGGGGACGCUCACCGAUCGUUCAUACGUUCAUUGUAUAUUCCCGAUCGAAAACUGACAGGGCAACGGGCUCGUGGCCGACUAUGUAGAGGCGUGGACUUCUAAACUAACAGGUCGCGAGUUCGAGGCUCGGGUGUUCCACACUUCGGGCUUGGGUAUGGCUGGCUGACGACGGCUAAUAAGCCAGAAAUGGCCAUUCCAGUCUCCCUUGUCUUUGUCGGUAAUACUAUUCUGCCUAUGCCAUUUGUUAAUCGAUGCUCGCACUUUGUGCAACCCGGUUAACGCUCUGUAGUCUGUCCCCUUGUUAGUCCAUCACAUCUCCUGGGAGUACCGUGUUAACCUAUCAGUCUUUCCAUUCACAACUUUUGGCGCAUCGUGCUAGUUUGAAGGCGCGUUAGUUGGCUUGCAGUGAGGACGAUGGGCUGAGCAUUGUGGGUACGGAGAUCCCAGAGUCGACCUCACUCUCUCAUCCCUCUCCCAGGCACCAGUCCACUGUCCGAGCCGGUUAGCCAUCGGAUGCGGUGAUUAGACACAGUGGCUGGCAGAACUGAAACAGCCUGUUAGUACCGACAAAGACAAGUCUCCCUUGUCUUUGUCGGUAAUAACACACUGCCCGUAUCAUGCACCGCUAUGCGGCUGCUGGUUGGGCUCGAGAGGGAUAGCCCAUAAGGCACAACGGAAAGAGUGAGUUCCGUAAGAACGAUCGGUGAGCGCCCCUUACCACUGAAACAGCCUGUCUGCGCGUGCCGCGUACGACCUGCCCCCACCUACACACCACACAACUCAGCGCAGCCAACUGUGUUACUGUGGAUCGCAGACUACUUUAAACGCCGACGUCUUGAAUGCGCAUUGAGGCCAUAGGCUUACCUACCGCGCACGAUUGAUCGGAAUUUCACGUGGACAGAACGGCGAAGGCUCAGGUCCCAACUGAGUGGGAGUGUCAUAAAGGCAGCAUUAGGGGAGGGAGCCGCUGCGGCCUGACUCCCUGUCCUGAGAGAACCGACUUACCCUGUCAGUUGACAGCCCUUCAAUUCUCGACUUUUAACGCAUCUUGAUAGUUUGAAAGCGCGUUGGAUUGUUUGUAGUGAGAAAUGGCGUCCACACAGUCGGCCCCAUUCUCACUUUCCUCUCCCAAACACCGGUAAACUGUCCGAGCCGGUUAGCCAGUAACUGGACACAGUGGCUGACAGAGCUAAGCCCGUGAGCGGGCAACACUCACUAUGUCGCAAUACCACGAUGGCUUGCGACCUUUUCAAAUAAGGUACUGUCGUUACAUGUACUGACAGUGCAUUUUAUUCAGGUCGACCAAUAAGCAGGCCGCGUCUUCCCAGGCUUCUUGUCGGCCCUCUGUCCGGUAGUUUGGAGAACUACAGGGUAUUUCAAAACGACGCGACUCUUCACAAGGAUGUCUCUUUAUCAGCUGUUUCUUUAAGAACAUCCACACUUUUAUAAUGUUCUGAAAUCCAGAGUGAACUGUAUUGUACCAAAUUUUGGUAGUUUUGCGAAUGGACCCAACGCAGAUAGCUGGCAAACUUUCUCAUCAAAAUUCAAUAUACUGAGUGCCGUUUUUCGUCGCGCCAAAGGUAAUAGUUCAUUUGCAUCAACGGCUUGCUGCCCGUGCGUGUUUUGGUAUUGUUGUACACGUCAAAUAACCUAGAACGGUCCGGUUAGCUCAUUUACAAUGGUUCUGUGGAAAAUCAUACUUUCCAGACAUCUGGGACCAGGUCUUUUUGCAUUCGGUAAUGUUUCUUGGAUGGGAAACAGAGAUAGCUAAUAUUACUCCAAGCGAUAUAUAUAUAUAUCCGGUCGACACUUUCAAAUGCUGUCCGGCCUCUUGGUUGAAUUCAUGCAGUUUGCCACGAAUUUUCGGGUUUGAUUUCAUUCUUGGUGCUUUUGCUCCAGCAUAGGCCGCCUUUGGACUUACGAGUAGCUUUUCCUGAAACCCAUUCUUUGCAAAGGGCGUUUCUAGCCUGUGAUGGAAUACUUUGAUAUUGAAUUCUCAGCAGCCCGAGUCUCCAACUUUUGUCUCCUGUUACCCUCUUUUUCAGCCCUUGCAGAAUUUCUCAUGGCCACGCAGGUCUCACCAAAGAUCUUAAAGAUGUCCUGGGGCUCAAUCGAGGUCGAAAAAAUGACCGAAGACGGGAAAGUCGUUCCCGGCGAGUCUCUCAAAUAUCGCGACCUGAAGAUUUGGCCUGGUGGAAGCCGCAACUGGGAUUGGAAUGAAUUCGGUGUGUCUCCGUUGCACUCUUACUUGCUAAACGGACCUUAAAGUUGGGGCACGAACCGAGCCUACUGAAAACAUGUUAGUAGUUGCAUUUGUUGCUGUCUUUUUAGGAACCUCGCACUUCCAAGGAAUUACGGCUGGAGAUGUGGCGGAGCUGCGAGAGAAGCAAGUGGAUACAAUCAUUCUGAGUCGUGGACAAUUCGGUUUCCUUGCCGUCCCACAGACUUUAGUGGAUGAACUACAGAAGGCCGGCUACACGGUGGUUGUAGAGAGGAGCUCUCAGGCAAUGGCCACCUACAAUACCUUAGUGGACCAAGGAAAAGCUGUUGCCGGUCUCAUUCAUACAACUUGUUGA